ACGUGCUGUGCGAAGGAGCCAGAGAUGGCGGCGGUGGGGUCUGUGCGCUGGCUGAGGGUCCGCUGCAGACUUUGCCUGCCUCGGACAGGUCGGCGGGCAGGUUUGUGUAGGUGGUCCCCUUGUUACAGAUUUUAUUCUGGAGGGGUAGCUGUCCCAAAGGUUGAAGGAACUGAUGUACCAGGCAUUGAAGAGGUGGUCAUUCCAAAAAAGAAAACUUGGGAUAAAGUGGCUGUUCUUCAGGCACUUGCGUCCACAGUAAAUAGGGAUGCUACAGCUCUCCCUUAUGUAUUUCAUGAUGAUCCUUACCUGAUACCAACAUCCUCUGUGGAAUCUCGUUCAUUUUUACUAGCAAAGAAGUCUGGGGAGAAUGCAGCCAAGUUUAUUAUUAAUUCACAUCCCAAAUAUUUUCAGAAGGACAUAGCUGAACCUCAUAUACCGUGUUUAAUGCCUGAGUACUUUGAACCUCAGAUUGAAGAUAUAAGUGAAGAUGCUCUGAAAGAAAGAAUCAGGCUCAAAAAAGUCAAAGCUUCUGUGGACAUGUUUGAUCAGCUCUUGCAAGCAGGAACCACUGUAUCUCUGGAAACAACCAACAGUCUCUUGGAUUUGUUAUGUUACUAUGGUGACCAAGAACCCUCAGCUGAGUAUCAUUUUCAGCAACGUGAACAAUCAGAGGACUUGGAAGAGACCACAGAGGAAAACCGUGAGAAACCUAAGAAGGCAGCUUCACAUCAGUCACAUGGUGUUAUUUGGCGAGCAAAAAACAAUGCUGAAAGGAUCUUUGCUCUAAUGCCAGAGAAAAAUGCACACUCCUACUGCACCAUGAUCCGUGGAAUGGUGAAGCACCGAGCUCCUGUGCAGGCAUUAAAGUUAUAUGCUGAAUUAUUAAACAACAGACUCCGUGCUGAUGUAUACACCUUCAAUGCAUUGAUAGAAGCAACAGCAUUGAUGACGAAUGAGAAAUUUGAGGAAAAGUGGAAUAACAUACUAGAACUACUGAAACAAAUGGUUGCUCAGAAAGUAAAACCAAAUCUACAGACUUUUAAUACCAUUCUGAAAUGUCUCCGGAGAUUUUACGCAUUUGGAAAAUUGCCAGCUUUACAGACCUUACGUGAAAUGAAAGCUAUUGGAAUAGAACCCUCGCUUGCAACAUAUCACUAUGUUAUUCAGCUCUUUUACCAACAUGAAAACCCUUCAAAGGGCUCAUCUUCAAUAAUCCAUGACAUCAUGAAUGAAAUAAUGGGAAAGAAAUUUUCCCCAAAGGACCUGGAUGAUGAUAUGUUUUUCCAGUCAGCCAUGAGAGUUUGUUCAUCUCUCAGGGAUCUAGAACUUGGCUACCAAGUACAUAACCUUUUAAACACUGGAGACAAUCGAAAGUUAAUUGGACCUGAUCAUCGGCGUAAUUUCUAUUAUUCUAAGUUCUUCAGUUUGCUUUGUGCAAUGGAACAAAUAGAUGUCACCCUGAAGUGGUAUAAGGAUCUAAUACCUUCAGUCUAUUUUCCCCACUCCCAAACAUUGAUAGAUCUUCUCCAAGCCUUAGAUGUGGCCAACCGACUAGAAGUGAUUCCUCAGAUUUGGAAAGAUAGUAAAGAAUAUGGCCACACUUACCGCAAUGACCUGAAAGAAGAGAUGUUAUUGCUCAUGGCAAGGGAUCAGCACCCACCAGAGCUUCAGGUGGCAUUUGCUGACUGUGCUGCAGAUAUCAAAUCUACUUAUGAAAGCCAAGAUGCCAGACACACCACUCCAGAUUGGCCAGCCAAUCCUCUCAACUGUAUAGCUGUCCUCUUUUUAAGGGCUGGGAGAACCCAGGAAGCCUGGAAAAUGUUGGGACUUUUCAGGAAGCAUAAUAAGAUCCCUAGAAAUGAAUUGCUGAAUGAGUUUAUGGAUAGUGCAAAACUAUCCAACAGUCCUGCCCAGGCAGUUGAGAUAGUGAAGCUAGCAAGUGCCUUCAGCUUACCAAUUUGUGAGAGCCUCACACGAAGAGUGAUGUCAGAAUUUGCAGUGAGCCAGGAACAAAAGGAAGCCCUAGGAAACCUAACUGCAUUGACCAGUGACAGCGAUAGUGACAGCGACAGUGACACCAGUGAAAGAAAAUGAAAGUGGGCGAGCCAGGAGCAGCUGCCCUCCUAACGUAGCUGUUUUAACUGUACAAUGAUAUAAAAAUGUCUUUGUUCAUACCUGAUUCUGAGGUUUCCUGAGUUCUCCAUAGAUGAACAAGUGCAUAGUAUGGAUUUGAUGGACUCGGAGUACAGUUGACACAACACUACACUGGGUCAGAUUCCUGAUACUCACUGACCAUCCUUCCAGGUUCACCAUUUAAACAGAAGCAGCACUACCAUUUCUAGCUCUUUAGACACAUGCUGAGUACAGGACUUCAGCAUGAACUCUGUAGCCUACGUUGGCUUCACGCACACAUCGGUAUGGCUGCCCUUGCCUGUUGUGGACUUCAGCCUUUCUGGGCUGGUACUGCUUGACCUUAAAGAUGGCAACUAAAGGAAGUUCCUACAUUACAUCUCAGUUUGUGUUGGAUUAACAGUAUCCCAAUUUCAGGAAAUUAGAUGUGGAAAAUGUGCAUCAAAAUUAAACAAUAGCACAGAAAAAACAAUGUAAUACACAUGUAAAUAUUGUAAUUAAUGUUUCCGUAUUUUUACAUAAGAUUACCUUUGCCACCAUUCCUACUAGACGUGGGGCUUGCUGCAAGAAUGUUCCAUUUCGCCCUUGUGUCUCUGCUAAUACCUUCUUUUAAGUUGUGCCAUAUUUAAAAAGCUCUCAUAAGUAAAGGCUUGUGAUAAUAAAAGGACUGAAAUGUGUUCUUGGGAUGAUGUUAUUAGUAAAAACCAAUGUGGUCAAGAAAAUCUCUGGUAUGAAAUACGACUUUUUGGUGGUACUGGAAGCAAACAGGAACUUGUGGGUUUGCACGAGCCGUCUCACAAAGCCAUCACCAAAUUCUUUGCUCAUAUCUGACACAGACUUCGUAAGGCUGUCCUCCAUGAGCUGUUGUCUGCAGGCAAUCAAAUUUAUCUUUGCUCUUUCUUACAGGGUAAUACUACAUUAAUGCAUGUCAUAGACGUUUACGAUCCUUUCUAGGCCAGGACCCAUCCAUCCAUCCUCAGAAUCCUAAGUACUAGUUUGUAUUUUCUCCUUGCAUUUAAGAGUUUAAGACCUCUAAUGAAGGAAGGGACGCAGAAGAGGAAAACAGUAAUUAGCUACUUAAGUGCUUAUGUACAUUGCUCCAUUAGCCCCUUGAUAUACCAAAGAAAAUGAACAAAACACAUAGGGCAGAUUAGCCUUUGAUUUUGGUUUACAAUUUCCAGCUAGACAACAGAAGCCCUUGCCUCUGGUUCAUCAACAUCUUCAAACACCUGACUACUGCGGCCAUUUGCAGUGCUUAAAAAUGCAGGUACACUUCUCCCUACAUCAAGUCCCAACUGAUUCUCACCAUGUUUUGUUUUGGUUAAUGAGAAGUCUACCAGUGAGGACUUGUUCUGUAUUCCAACAUCUAUAUCCUUGAAAAUGUUCCAUGUGUACCUGAGAAUAUUUUACUGUUUUUUGAGGUAGAAUAACACAAAUUUUGAAUACUCCAAAUAGCCCCCUCCAUCCUCAAACACAGUCCAGAUGCUUUCAUUAGUAAAUUCCACCAAAACACAAACAUUCAAAAAUCUAAGUGCCCUCACACUUGCAAAUAUUGAAGAGGGAACAGUCCCCAAGUAAACACCAAAAAUCAGGUGAGGACAUCACAAUGAAAACUAAAGGUCAGUAUCUGAUGAACAUACAUGCAAAAAUCCACUAAGUACUAAGUGCACACCAAAUUCAACAAUGCUUCAAAAUGAUCAUACACUGAUUUAAGUGGGGUUUACCCCAAGGAUAUACCUGAUCACAUCAACAGUAUGACAAAUUAUGGCCACCUCAAUAGGUACAGGAAGCAUUAGACAAGUUUCAAGCACCAAUUAUGUUAAGACCAAUAAAAUGGAUACAAAAGGAGCACACAUGGUCAUGUAUGAUAAACCCAUGGCUAACAUCGUACCCAAAGAUCUAAAUGCUUUUCCUCCAAUCCUACUUGGUUCCUUUCAAAAGGAACCAACAGCCAGGUCAAAAAAGCAAAUGGGAGUGAAGGCUCAUGGAAUGGUUAUGAGUAAAGCGAGGAGUCUUCUUAUCUGUAGAGUAAGCUUUACUGUUGCCUCAGAGAUGACCAGUGUGUGGAAAUUAAAAACUGACAGAUAACUGGCUCAACAUAACAGACCCGUAACAAUAAGGUGAAUGUGGAAUGUCAUGUCUUUCAAACUAUUGAGUUUGAAAUUAACUUUUGUGAAUGACAAAAUGAAUCAAAAUCUACACUUAUUCAGUAAAGUUGUGACAAUACAUUUAUAAUGCACUGGAUAUAUGGAUACACAUACAAGAGUAGAUUAUGGUCCGGGUCAUGGUCAAAACAGUGGAAAACAUCAAAAUGGGAUAUGCUCUUAAGUGCUAUAAGUGGCAAUGGGUACAAGAGAAAUGGUUAAUUAUAAAUAUUUAAGUAUUAAAAAAUAUUUUGCUGAUAAAAGCAACAGGCUAGGGCAAUGACUGAACAAACGUGUAAAGCCUGGAUAUGGAAGAAUUUCCAGCCUGGCUCAACUAACCUAUAAAAUGUUCAUCAAUUGUCAUAGUUGGGACUUUUGUUGAGGAUUGAGGACAAUUAGAAAUCAAGUCCAAAGACAAGCUAGAGUGUAGCAAGAUUUUAGACUUGAAUGUACAAAAGGAAUAAAGGUCAUAAUAGAAGUUAUUCCCAGGAAAAGCUAAUCCAACUUCAUUGACUCUUGCCUCUACCCUUGAGAACCCCUUUCUUAUCCUCAAGACCCCAUGGCAAUAUCCCUACCAAACGAAGCCAGUGAAACCAUUUCCCUCCCCAUACAGAAAAUGAUGGUGAUCAAGUAAUCCUCCUCAAUCCCAGUCUCCUUUGCUUUCUCACAUUCCCCAGCCUACCUCAGGGUCCCUGAACGCAUCAAAGAGAAGGAAACCACAGUUGCUUAGCCUUGGUCAGAAUGGGAACCACUGGUCUGAGGAAAGGCGACUGGUAUUUUGUUCUUUUUAUUUGCCUUCUGUGUUAAAUUAUCUGUUCUGCACUGAGUUCAAACAAUUUAAAGUUGACAACUCAUUUUGGACCUGGAGACUGUAUUUAUCCAGAACCUGUUAAAGAGAGCAGAGGGUUUAAAUUAAUGCUAAGGAAUACAUAAGUAGCAUGACUUAAAACUGUCUAAAGUUAGCAUUUAGCUUGUUACAUUUAUUUUGAAAUUUUAAAACAUUGAAACAAGGACUGGAGUUGUAACAUGAGAUGAGGAGUAUGUGUUCAGUGUUGUAGAAUUCUGUCUUACAACACUCAGGAAAGAAACACUAAAUUCAUGAUUUUUAGUUUUAGAUUGAAAUAUACAUAAACUGCCCUGUCCUAAUUAACUCAGGCUGUAUCUGCCUUCCCCAAACUCUCCUCUUUGGAUUCCAUCUUAUUAAAAUAGAACUGUGAAUUACAACUGAGCUGUAAAGCCUCAGCUCCUUACACUUGAAUGGUUACUGAAUGACAUCUCAGAAAUACUGAGGUCUUAGGCCCGCAGACAAACACCUGGCCAAGGAGUGUCCCCUUCCCACCACCACUGUUUCAUCACGGGCAGCAACUGUUCAGAGGUUUGCUAGAGGAAAUGCUAAGAUAUGAAAGCCCUUGGCCUUCAUCUUUAGAUUUACGUUAAGCCACCUAGGCUCACUUAUCCCCACCUCAGGGAAGAAGUCCACAGUCCAGGUACCACAAAGAAGCAAAUGUCCUCUCUUGUCAGCUCAUAAGACAGUGUGUGAAGUUACUCUUGGGUUCCAUGGGAAAUUUAAUUUUCUUAUAAACUAAUACUCUACACAUUGCAUGAAUUAAAAUUGAGAAGCAGGUAGUCAGUUGUGUAAGUUAAUAUAUUUUGCAAUUUCAUUUCAUUUCAGAGUGGAGGAAGGAAUUUAAAACUGCCUCAUCUUCUAGUAAAACCUUAAAAGCCCACAGGUGCCCAAAUUGCCCCUACCUGAAUUUAAGGACACUCCACAAAGCAUAUGUGCCACGGAAAAUGGACAUGUUGAAUUAAGAAUCCACUUAAGAAUAUAAGGAAUAUUAAUGUUAGCCCAGACCAAAAUGAACCAAUGGAACCCCAAAUCAGACUUGAAUGUAACAACCCAAAUUCAUAUACCUGCAGAACUAGAAACUAGAACCUUCUUCCCUUCAUGUGUAGGUAUGUUAUUCAGAUAAAUAUACCUCUGCAAGACCUCUUUGUAAAAAUAUAAACCCUAACAAAAGAUUAAUUUGAAAAGAAAAAAGUACUUUGAAGUCAAAUACAAAUCAACAACAGGAAUUUGUUAAUGUAUACCUAACAUGGCAAUUAUUCUCAUUUUCAGAGAAGUGAACUAAAGUUCUCUGACUUUUAUGGUAAAUCAAAGAUGUCAAAAAAUUAUUCAAUCCCUUUAAGGCUACAGGCUCACUAUCCCCACCUCAGGGAAGAGGUCCACAGUCCAGGUAACAUAAAGAAGCAAAUAUGAGCUGAUGAAUUGUGGAGUUGUUUUUUUUUUUUAGUGCCACAGAACAGAAAAGAAACAUGUAUCACCAGUAGAAAGAAGCAGGGCUGUAGAAAUGUUCAUGUGCAUAUACAAAGGGAUAUGGGUAUGUCUCUGUGUGGGUGU